AAUGAUCCCGUAAUAGAAGUCUGUGGAGAAGAGCAAAGCUAGUGUGGGAGGAGCAGUUUUAGAUUGGCAGAAGACAAGGGAUCCCAGAAGGCUUGUAUUGAGGGAGAUGCGAGCCAGCCAACAUCUUUUUAUUCAUGAAGAUGCAAUUCAGCACAGACACUUGGUGUUUUCUUCGGGUGUAGCCCAGCUGAGUGAAUUCAACCAGUGUCACGGAGCCCUGUGCGCUCAACUAGAGCCAUUCACAUGUGUGCAAACUUGUGGGCUUGAUCUGAAAACCACAGGACUCUGUUCAAUUCAACUUUCCUUAUGGGAUUGUGCUGGGCGAGUAUGAAGAGCGCUGUCAGAAGCUGGAAGUGGCGGUCAGUAGUGUCUCGUUAGGCGUUUUAGGAGUCUUCAUUCAGAAGGAUGCUGGUGGGAAAUGCCUGCAGACAGAGAGGAUGAGAUUUGUGGAAAGGCGCUGGAGCUUCUGUCCGAUCUGUGCUCGAGAGGGGAGGUGGACGAUAAAAACUGUUUGGAUUUCACCUACUAUUUUCGCGAUCUCGGGAGACCGAGAUAUUCGGACUCUGAUGUGUCUGUGAGCCUGUUGUCCCUCUUGGUGACCACAUGUGGCCUGGCGCUAUUUGCCGUCUCCCUGUUCGUGUCAUGGAAGUUGUUUUGGGCGCCAUUGCGAGAUCGCUUCUUGCCCGGCCUAAAGGACCAGCAGGGCGAGCAGCAGCCGGUCCUGACCGAGGUGGAGGGCCUGGAGCGGGAAUACAGUGAAGACUUUGAGAAGGAUCCCAAUGCACCAUUGGUGCUCCCGGAGUCAGCCAUGAAGAUCAGCCAUACGUCCCCGGACAUCCAUCUGGAGGCCCAGACUAAGGCCAAGGAGCUCAACCACAUUCACAUAGCUCGUGUACAACGACAAGUCACCGAACCGACCUCAUCUGUCAGGCACAACUCCAUCCGGAGACAGAUGAACGUCUCCAACCCCGAUUUCAACUUGGCCCAGUUCCAGAGACAGGAGUCCAUAUCGGGUCCAGGUUUGGGCCGCAUCAAGCCUGAGCUCUACAAACAGCGGUCGGUGGACACGGACGACGGCAGACGAGCGGACAGCUGUGGCCGCUUGCACUUCAUCAUCAAAUACGACUGUGAUUUGGAGCAGCUCAUUGUGAAGAUCCACAAAGCCCAAGAUCUACCUGCCAAGGACUUUACGGGAACAUCCGACCCGUAUGUGAAGAUCUACCUGUUGCCAGACCGCAAAACCAAGCAUCAAACCAAGGUCCACCGCAAGACUCUGAACCCCAUCUUUGACGAGGUUUUCCUGUUUCCUGUGGAGUACGCUGAGCUUCCCACACGCAAGCUCCAUUUUAGCGUCUACGACUUUGAUCGCUUCUCGCGGCAUGACGUCAUUGGUCAAGUGGUGGUGGACAACUUCCUGGAUCUACCUGACUUUCCGCAGGAAACCAAGCUCUGCAGGGAUAUCCUUUAUGUUAGUGCGUCUUCAGCAAAGACAGAGGUUUGGAACAACAUGUGGGAUAAUGUGGAUCUGGGAGAUCUGAUGUUUUCUCUUUGUUACUUGCCAACUGCCGGCCGACUUACAAUAACGAUAAUUAAAUCCAGAAAUCUUAAAGCCAUGGACAUCACAGGAGCAUCUGAUCCUUAUGUAAAGGUUUCUCUGAUGUGUGACGGCCGGAGACUUAAGAAAAGGAAAACGUCAACAAAAAGGAACACUCUCAAUCCUGUCUACAAUGAAGCCAUUGUUUUUGAUGUUCCACCUGAGAACAUCGACCAAAUAAGUCUUUUAAUAGCAGUAAUGGACUAUGACCGCGUAGGUCACAAUGAGGUUAUUGGCGUGUGCCAUGUGGGAAACAGAGCUCAGAGUCUGGGACGUGAUCACUGGAAUGAGAUGCUCACUUACCCACGCAAACCCAUCGCCCGCUGGCAUCCUCUUGUAGAGUGGGUUGGUCAAAGCACGGCCGGCGGUAGCCAAGGCUCCUAUAAUUCCCUGAGGACACCUCCUUCCCCGUAAUGGAUGCCGAUGCCAAAUUUCAGCCAUGGAGACACCUGGCAAGGUCCAAUUCAUAACUUUAAUGAAAAGGAAAGAGCGAGAGAGAGAAAAAAAUAUCUUGGUCCUAUUAAAGGUCACUUUAAAUGUGUGCACACACUCAAUGCAGUAAACACCCAAGACUCUUUAGUCGUAAGAUUUCCUGGAUAGAAGAAGAGUGUCAGGUCCACUGCAUGUGAAGUGACUGUCUGUGAGCAGUAUUUGGUUAUAAAACGAGCCUUGAACAUUGUUCUGCUUUUGUUGAAAACUUUAGUCGAGAGGUAAGUAUUUUUGACAUUGUCAUGUUUUAUUUAUCUGUAUUAACGCAUUGUAAUACACUAAUAUAGUUUGAAGUGUGGUGCAUGGGGUCUAUUUUGUGGUAUUUUAUUGUAAAAUCUUACUGUAUAAAAAUAUAUAAGAAAUGCAUAAAAA